AUGCAUAUUGGUCAACAUGGAGUAACCUCCAAAUUGAUCUCAAGGAACAUCUUCGAGGCAUCAAACAACAACAAUCAAUAUAUAAUGUCCAAUCAUACAUAUACCGCAGAUGUGGACAAUAUGGAGCUGAUGAGGCCGAUGGCCGUCACGCUGGUGAAUAUGUAA